UUAUAUACGAGUGUUAUAACUACAUUAACAAACAAAAUUCAACCAGGAAAAUUUAUUGCUGAUCAAGUUUCUGAAAUGGAAACUAGCGAGAGUCUGGACAUAAACACAUUAGAAAAUAUGUCAUUCUACCAUUGGAAACUAUUAAAAUUGAAUGGCCGAUUGGAUACUAUAACAGAACGUAUGACAAAAAGAAAAAGUGGAACAUUGGAACCUUAUACUACAUACAUGGAUGAAGAUUCCACAGAUAAAAUUGAUAAAUUCUUGUUAAUGAGUCAAGUAAAACCAUUGGAAUCAGAUGAUGAUGAUAUGGACUUAAAUAAAAUGAUAUAAUAUUUUAAUUUACUGUAA